AUGCCAUUUGAGAUGCCCACCCCCUACUCAUCAACCGAGCGAGAUGAUUCAGAGGACGGUCUCCUCGAGGACGAGAAGAGAGGCAGGAUAAUCAUCCCCAGACGACGCACUCUCUUCAACCGCUGGUGGAGUUGGUUCCUCCAAGCUCUGGCCUUCACUUGCUCAUUGACGCUAUAUAUCCUAUCGCGCUACCAGGAACCUUCCAACGCUGCUUGCACGCGAAAACUGAACACCUGGUCGCCAGCUUUUGAAGCAGUAGAGUACCACGAGACGAACUUCCGCGGCGAAUUCGAGGAGCCGUCCCCGUGGCGCGGUACACCAACCCCAGAGCUCGACUGGCAAUGGGAGGAAUUGAUCGAAGGCAGCGCUUUCGAAAUCCCUCCGGAAAACCUCCACCUGUUCAACAUAAGCGCGGCGACCCUGCCGAAACUAUAUCACACGGCGUCGGGCGGCCUAGCGGCGUCAGCAUGGGGCUUCCACCAGAUACACUGCGUGAAUGUCCUGAGGCAGAUCAGCUACAAAGAGGAGUACUAUAAGCAGGGUCGCCUUCCGCAGAUCCUCACGCAGGAGCCGGGCUACCGUCGCAAGCACGUUGACCACUGCAUCGAGCUCCUGCGGCAAGAUCUAGUCUGUCGGACAGACGUGACGCCGUAUUUCAUACUGAAUCCGCUGCCGGGGACGCCGCCGGAAGCGCUGAAGGUGGACUUCUCGGUGCACAAGAAGUGCAGAGAUAUCAAUCAGGUGAAGAAGUGGGUGAGGGGGAACAUCGUGAUUGAGAGCUUCAAGGAUCCGUUUGUGAAGGAGCUGGAGUUUACGCCUGCGACGAUCAACAUAUAG